AUGAACUCCUCUUUUCCUCCCUCUUGUCUGAUCCGCGUGGAUGAGGACCUGGAUGAGCUCCCAUCUGACGAGCCCUUCGUCCGGAAGUCUGUGCACUUCCCGGAUGAUGCGGACCUCGAGCAGGUGAGACUCAUUCCAGCCAGGGAUGUCUCUCCGCCUUGUUCGAGUGAGGUCACCUCGCUCGACAAGGCGGAGGCUGAAGACAUCGGCGCAUUCGACAUGAGUGCGCUCCUGGAAGUCUUGUCAGAACUCGAUGGAUCGACCGAUACGCCGCCCCCAACGCCCGUCCACAAGCCCUUGGAAGUGCCAGUCACAUUCAAUCCUCCACCAGAGGAUGGAGGUUCACGCGUGGUCGUCCAGACACGCGGCCAGGUUGGGCCACAGGCCCACUCCUGGAUCAACCACCUCUGCUGGGGGUUGUUUGUGCUGGCUUUCAUCGUCCCAAGACUUGCGCCAGCCUUGCUCGCCGGACUCGCGUUCCUGUUCAUCGUUGGGGCAUGUACCAGAUCCUGA